AUGAUCGUUGAAGAGCCGGCACAGGUUGAGCAGGAGAUUAGGCUGCAAUUGAGAAAGUCUGCUACUGAAUUGUCAAAGUGGAAGCUACAUAAGUCGUCGAAAUGGUCUGCUGAAGCACUAUGGGGAAUGGCAGAACUACCUCCAUCAAGUCCCACAUCUUCGAAUGCAGCAGGUUCUGCUGGAACUGGUGGGUAUGACCGAUCCACGGAGGCUCCACAGGAAAGGAGUUGUGGAAGCUUUGCAGAUCUUUCAGAGCAGGAAUAUGAUCUUUACUUAUUGGCGUCGACACUUUUUGAUUGCAAAGAAUUCGAUAGGUGUGCCUUCUUUUUGAAAAACGUCACCAAUCCAUGUUUGAAGUUCCUCAAACUGUAUUCCGAGUACCUCUCAUGGGAUAGGAAGAGUCGUGGGAAUAUGGAAGAUGUACUGACAACUGGUAAACCUCCAAAACAUAUGAUUCGAGGCGGAAGCCAUACUGGUGAGACUGAUACGACCCAUGUACCGCAGAAUGCAUUUCCAGAAUCUGCGUCUCGUGAUGAGCAGCAGACCGACUCGUCAGCUAUAAUGAAGGAACUCAGUUCAUAUUUGGAGGAGUUAAAGACCAAAGAAAAGAAUUCGGGUUUAGGAGUCUCAUUACUUUACUACCUGAAAGGUGUGCUGUUAAAGCAGGAUGAUAACAAGAGUGAAGCCACGUCAUGUUUCCUGCGAUCGCUAUCGGGUUACUCAUUCAACUGGACCUGUUGGGUUGAGCUUCUUGACUGUCUAUCUAGGUCGGAUGAAUCACUACUACUCAUGAAGCAUAUGGAAGAAAGAUUUAAGCUGGAAGAAACAGAAAAUAUCGGGUCACAAGGCACAAUUGAAAACAACAUAAUGAUGAAAUUUUUCAGGCUUGCACUUUUCCAGGAAUUUAGUGGGGAUGUUGACAUCUUCAUUGAAGAGCUUCAUUUUUUGCACACGAUCUUCCCUAACUUCACCUAUCUCAAGGCACAGAAUGCAUUAACGAAUUAUAACUACAUGGACUAUAUGAACGCAGAAAACCUGUUUGAUCAAAUAAUCAAAUCUGACCCCUAUAGGCUUGACGACUUGGAUACUUAUUCGAAUAUUCUCUACGUCAUGCAAAAACAUUUCAAGUUAGCGUACUUGGCACAGUUCACAUCACACGUCGAUAAGUUUCGACCAGAGACGUGUUGUGCCAUUGCAAAUUACUACAGCGCUAGACAAGAGCACGAAAAAUCCAUCAUGUAUUUCCGCAGGGCGCUUACUUUGAACAAGAACUGCACAAAUGCAUGGACACUUAUGGGUCACGAAUUCGUCGAACUAAGAAACUCACAUGCUGCAAUCGAGUGCUACCGUCGAGCAGUUGACAUGAACACCAAGGAUUUCAAAGCAUGGUAUGGUCUUGGGCAGGCAUACGAAGUACUUGACAUGCAUCUUUACUCAUUAUACUACUUCCAGAAAGCUUGUACCUUAAAACCACUAGACAAGAGAAUGUGGCAAGCAUUAGCAUCCUGCUACGCAAAGGUAGGCAACAGACAGGAAGCCAUAAAAUGCUACGAGCGGGCUCUGCAACUUUCAGUAAACGUUGACCAAAACAGUGUUCUCUUUUACCGUCUUGCCGAAUUAUGCGAGCAAGUACACGACAUCGUCAACUGUCGAAAAUUCAUGAUACAGUGUGUGGACGUCGAGGACGCAACCGAGGGUAUUGUUACCGAUGAAACUGCUAAGGCAAGGUUAUGGCUUGCAAAAUACGAAGCCAAGAGAAAGAAUUACGAACAAGCCUAUAACUACGCCGUCGGGGUCUCUCACGGAACUUCACAAGAGAUAGAAGAAGCCAGGUCAAUAGCUCGAGAGUGCAGGCAAAGAAUACAGUAG